CUGUGGCCCCGACGAGCAGACGAGCCGGCUACACACACCACAUCGCAGACCACGCACAAGCACUCCGCUCUGCUGCAGCUGCAGACGACGUCCGUGUCCCUGCACUUUCCUGCGUUCCCCCUGUCCAGGAAGACUGCUAGAAGUGCUGCAUCUCCUCCCGGGCGGGCCCAGGGUCUUAGUGUUCAAGACGUUUGUGAAACUUUGGUUCCGUGUGUGUUCAGGAACCGUUCCAUGGCUACAGGAGCUCGGUUCGCCCUGCGAUGUGCUGAAAAGCUACCCUGUGUCGACGGAUACAGUAAUUUGAGCAGGCUGCUCCCCAGCUCAAGUUUAGAGACUAUUUUAUUUCGCUUGCCCUGUCUUUGACAGUACGGCCAGUAUUACUUGGUGAUUCCCAUCCUUGUGUGACUGUGAGAAUCGCCUUCCAUUCAACAACCGUACUUGUCUUCGUCAUCGCCAUCGACCCAGUGAGAAAAAUCCCAGCUACUGUAUCUGUUUGGAAUCAAGCCCGCUUUUAACCGGUAGAAGUCUGAACCUACACUGCCCACCACCGCCACCACCAUGAGUCUCACCACGACGCAGACCACCACCGUGACGGCCGCCCCCCGCGCCGAGGCCAUCAUGGCCGACCUGCAGCGCCGCCUGCAGCCCGCCGCCCCCGGCGCCGUGUCGUCGUCCGGCGUGACGCUGGGCGCGCAGCAGCUGCGCUUCCGCGGCGUGGCCGCCGGCACCACGGGCGGCGGCGCCAUCCCGCCCACGCCCUCCAAGACCACCACGCCCAACGCGACCCUCGCGAGGCGGUUCUCCUUCGUCUGGCCGUUCAUUUCAAAAGAGAACACGGCCGCGUCGGAGCCCUUCCUCAAGUCGCGGUGCUCGCAGCUUCUGCGGCAGUUCCCCGCCUUCAUCAGCGCGCGCCAGGACGAGAGCGCCCGCACCAUCCGCGACCUCAUCUCGAGGGUGCUGACCCAGCUGAAGGCGGUGUGGCUGGUGCUGGCCGUGUACCUAUCGGUCUUGGUGCUAGGCUGUCUGAGCUCGGCCGUGCUGUACAAGCUCCUGCUGGCCAACAAGCCUCUCGGCCUGUGGUUCCUCGUUGCCUGCAUCGCCGCCACGGGCGCGAUUGCUGGCGUCUCCUUCACCGCCAAGGAGCGCCCAAACCAGAAGCAGCAGCGGCAGCAGAUUCAGGUGGCAGAGGUGCCUCUGCGACCGCAGGUGCAGGUGCCCCGCGUCGCCGUAAACUAGUGCGUGGGACUGGACACUUCGCUGUAUAUAUCUCGCCCUCAGCCGGGGCCAUAACGGACGUGGCGAUUUUUGUUCGCCUUUGUUCGAUUUGACGAAAAGUUGCUUGGAUCAACACGUUGUGGACAUUAUUUGGACGCCAACGGCUUUUCUUCGAAACGAGUGCAGGCCGACACCAUGACCUAAAGUGAACGGCAAGGGCAGAAUUAUCAUUAUAGUUGAUUUCUGAGCAUUAAGUGUCACUCUUAAGAUUCCAUCCUAUUAAUUUAGGUUUAUGUAACAGGGUACAUUUUAAGAUACAUGUGGGCCAUUUUUAAUCGUGCCAAUACAGAUUCAUAGUAAUGAAUUAGAUUUAUUCAUAGGGUUCCAUUUUUUUUUUUCUGACUCUUGGUCAUUUAGCCAGAAGUCUUGGGCACAUAUUCAAACUCAUACUCACAUUAGAUAAAGUUAUAUUAGCACCUAAUAUACUAUACGAGUUUGCACUGAUUAGAUGUAGAAGUUAUUUGACAAGCUUGCGAUAUUGAAACAGAGGGUGUAAGUAAGAGAAACAAUUCAUUUCUCUUGACUCAAAGUCAAAUGUAGGAAUGGUGAUUAUUAACCAAGUAGCACUGGCUUAAGCACAAAUCAAAAAACGUUAUCUUUUAAAACAUUCUGUGAUGGUCAUAUCUAAGUGGCAUUUGUAGAACAUUUUGUGUAGUAGAUGAUCUCCCCCUUAAUUUCUUUAAAAGAAACUCUUAAAGAGUUUUUUUUUUUGACAAUCAGCUCAACAUAUCGUUGUAAUUAAUCUUUGAUCAUAUUAAUGGUGCUGGGUGUACUUUACUGUCAAAUUUAUGUUCAGUUUUUGAACAAAUAACACAUCAGCAAUUUGUCGUUUGCCAUGUGAUGCAAUUAGAAUAUUCUUUUUAUGAACAAUUGGGGAACUUCUUACUUCCCAUGCAUUUAUUUUUUCUUUCUAUAAAUUAUUGAAGGCUACAUGCUUUAGUGAUGUGUAGUUCUCAUGCCACUCAGUAUGCUUAUUUGUUGAUUUCUUUUUAAAACUGUUUCUUAUCAAAUAUUUAUAAUUUGUUGACGUGCAUAUCAGGAGCUCUCAGGACAGAUCUCUAGAUCACAGGCGAAUUUUUAUGUAACUUACUUUGUCCUAUGUAAGCCUCUGGUUUGAAUGUGUGAUUCAUGAGGUUUACCUCAUUCCUCAUGUUUUUGUAUUCUUAAUGCUCAAAUCUUUGACUGAGUAUGCAGCCCAUAUGUAAGUGGGCUGUGGCCAUUGUGUGUUUCACCACACUCAUUAUAUUCUAGUGACUGAAUAAAUUGUUUAUUAAGAAAAAUUUACAA